AUGUUCCGUCCCCUCCACUUGACCCCCUACAUCACACGCCCCUUUCUCAUAUCCAAUUACCUCCCCACCCUCCCAAGAUUCUUCACUCUCUCUGCGCUCUCCCUCGCCGACAAAGCCUUGCCUCCCCGCCUGAAGAUCCAAGAUGCCGACGUGACCAUCUCAUACCUUAAGGGCACUGGCCCUGGAGGCCAAAAAAUCAAUAAAACCAACUCUGCCGUCCAGAUCAUACACAAACCCACGGGUGUAGUGGUCAAGUCUCAAGCCACAAGAUCCCGUUCCCAGAAUGAAAAGAUUGCCCGUCAGCUGCUUGCUGACAAGGUCGAAGAGCUCUUGAAUGGGGAUCAAAGUCGUGCGGCCAUCAAGGCCGACCGCGCCAGGAAGAAGAAGGCCAGUAAAAUGAAGAAGAGCCGGCGCAAGUAUCGUGAGCUCGAAGAUGGCAAGGAGAGUCAAGAGAUAGAAGAAGCAGAAGAAGAGAACGAUGCACCGGAGUCGGCUGAUUCAAAGCGUGAAUCAAAAUUGGAGGCAACAGACAUACAAAGUCCUCAUCAGCUGUCCGCUCAACAGAGUCUACAGCAGAACCAUCUCCCAGAUAUCGCGCAAGGCCAGAGGUAA